AUGCGGCCGCUCGCGACGCUGCUGUCGCAGCAGGGGCACCGCUGCUACGUGCUCGAGUGGCCGGGCUGGACCUCGGCAUCCCUCGCCGAGGCGCGCUGCAAGCUCGAGGAGCUGAGCGGCGAGCUCGAGGACUUCUGGUGUCAGGCGCUGGAGCACGUCGCCCUCUCCGAGAUCGAAGAGGCGCAGGCUGCGCCCGGCACCGCCGAGCCGGCGGCGGCGGCGGCUGCCGCGCCGCGCCUGUGCGUGAUCGGCGCGGGCCACGCCGCCGCGUACGCGGUCCGCGCCCUGCGGCGGCUUCAGGCUUUCGACACCACACCUUGGUCCAGCAAGCUCGAGGCUCGAGGCUCGAUGUUCCCUGACGUCCUGGAGAUUUGUGCCAGCCUCUGGAUGUUCUGCGGCAGUUGCGCCUUGCCAAAAGCGUGCCCGGAGAAUCUCGAAUUGUCGCCGGAGCCCUUGUGCCAGUAG